GAAUAUAGGCUCGUGCAUUCGCCGGAGAGUUGAAUACAAUUAAAAUGUGAGUUCCACCGUUUGCAGACAAAUUUCCCAUGUAAAUAGAAGAACUUGAAUGAAAAUUGAAAAAGUAAACUGUGUUGGAAACUCAUUGCAAGCACGAAGUCAUUAAUCGCUAUGAGAUAUCUACGCAAUGCAUAUAACCUCCAUUUGAGAUAUAUUCGAGUUGAACCAUGUACUUUCGUAUCAUUCAAAAAAUGUCAAAGCCCAUUUGCAACUAAAACAGCAGUUGUCAUCCGUUCUUCAGAUCGAAGAUCCAAACCAUUUGAUGAAUUCGCUGAAUUCGCCACUUCACACAAUGACAUCGCUUCACCCGAUUGAAUGAAAAAACUUUCAGUACGUGGUGAACGUCAAUAGAACUUGUUCUGAAGAAAAGUGACACAGUCACUCGAGUGGUGCGGUGUGAGACAAUAGCAAGUGGUUUUCGCAGAAAACAGAAAUGUUCAAUUAGAUAAAAUUCGUAUGGCAAUUUUUUUUCCACCCUUUCCAAAAACAAAAUUUGUCAUUGGCCAUUGAGCAUUCGGAGUCUUGCUGGAAAUCUGGGCACACGCAUUCUGUGCCACUGAGUGAAUUCAUUUUCAUUUCAUCGAAUCGUCAAUUAUUCAUCGUCGUCAUGAAUUGCCUUGUCAUCAAGUUCAAGAAUCGCGAUUCUCGCGACAUCAGCAACAAACACCUCGCCGAAAUCUAUGUGAAAGGUCCAAAGUUUGACAUUGAUUUGAUUUCCACCGACCAAAAAGUCAUCUCCGCCCACAAAUACGUGGUUUGCAUGUUCUCCGGCUACCUCAAGGACUACAUUCGCGAAUUCAAACCCAAAGGCAAGGCUUGUGUCCCAUUGUCCGAGGUGUCGAGUUUCGUGUUGAAACAAGUGAUUGACAUGUUCUACAAUGGCCAGAUUAUGGUUGGUGCUGAGGUGAAACCGCACAUUGUCAAAGCGCUGCAGCUCUUGAAAGUGACAAACGUUGUCGUUCAAAACCCAGAUCAACAACAGGCACCCAAACCGCUAAACAAUGAUCAAGCUCCACAGUUGCCAUUGCAAACUCAACCGAGUUUCAAUCCAAAGCCUCAGAUGCCAACACAACACGUGAACAACCGUGCACCAAACAUGAACCAGCCACGAUCGAUCCAGCCGGCUAUGCGUCAACGAGCACAAUCGAUGUACAUUGAACGCCCAUUGCAUGGAAGUGUCGUGAAUUCAAGCUCGCCGGCAUUGCCACAAUUCAAUGGACUGCCAUCUCACAUCGGCGGAGUGUCGAUUGUAAAAACAAAGGUGGCACCGAAGUCGACCUCACCAGCUAUGGCAUUAUUGCAGAAUGCACAAUUGAGCAUCUCACGUGUGCAAAAGCCGAUUCAGCAGCAAAACAUUGCUCUAGUCACGCCAAAUGUUGGUGCAUUCGCAAUUUCGAAGGAAGUCGGUUCAAGCGAUGUUAAUGAAGAAUGCAAUGCCAAUGUUGGCCGAGGAAAUAUGUCGACCGCAUGAAGUUGAACCAAGCGUUGAAAAUAUUCUGUUCAUUUUUUUGCAUAUUUUUUUAGUAUUUGAUAUCAAUCAAUCAUUUGGUUUAUGAACACUUCAUACUCUAUUUUUUACCUCAGAAAAAAAUGUAAUUUACCUGAAAUUAAAGACCAAAUGAUCAUGCAUUUCAUGAACAAAUUGAA